AUCAGCGCUCAGUCUACUUUAGCAUUUCAUUCGGCUCUAACGUCUUUACGACGAAAUUAUUUUCGCGUCUGCUAUCAUUCUGCGAAAUUAGUGCGUGUGUGUUUGUAAUUUCUAAAUUGCUCGUUUUCCUGUACAAAAAACUUCAAGACUGGACUAGUAGGGGGAACGGUUUUCGGGCAGCUCGCGGUACGAUUCAUUCCUCGCAAACGUUCCAGCAGUGACAAUAAAUAAUAAAACAAAAUCUCUGUCUCCAGUCGUGUUGAAACUCAUCUACUGAUUGGAUCAGGCUCAAUCAAGCUACGAUUCCGCCUAUUAUUCAACAAAUACUAUAUAAGGAAAAAAAUAUAGAAAACCGCAAGGAUGAUGAGCUCGUUGGCACUUAGAAUUACUCCACGGUUCGGGAAACCCGCUGCAAUCGGCCUGGCCAACUCUUCAGCGACCAAUUCCUUCUAUACCUACUCGAAUCAAAUUUCUCAGCCACUGGAGCGGAAGCCGAACUAUACCACCGCGGAAGAGGCGGUCAAGGUAGUGAAAUCAGGUGAUGUCGUCUUCGCCCAGGGAGCUGCCGCUACCCCGAUCCACCUGCUAGACGCACUCACCAAGCAUGGCAAGGAAAACAACCUGCGAGAUAUCACGGUAGUGCACAUGCACACCGAAGGUCCCGCCUCGUACUGUGCCCCCGAGUGCAAGGAUAUCUUCCGGUCGAAAUCGCUCUUCAUGGGUGGUAACGUGCGAGCGGCUGUAGCCGAUGGCCGUGGCGAUGCUGUCCCGAUAUUUCUGCACGAAAUCCCUCUACUCUUCCGCCGCAAACUCAUCCAGCCGGAUGUCGCGUUCGUCUCGGUGUCGCCUCCCGAUAGUCACGGGUAUGCCACGCUUGGAACCAGUGUUGACUGUGUACGCGCUGCACUCGAGAACUCCAAGGUCAUCGUCGCUCAGGUCAACAAACAAAUGCCGCGUACAUUCGGAGAUUCCAUCAUUCACGAGUCUCAUUUUGACGCCGCAGUGAACAUAGAUAUCCCCCUCCCAGAGCACGGUGGCAAAGGGAUAAGUGAGGUCGAGAACAAAAUCGGAAAACUGAUUGCGGAAAAUCUGGUCGAGGAUGGCGCAACACUGCAGAUGGGCAUUGGCAACAUUCCGGACGCAGUGCUGAACGCUUUACACAACCACAAGGAUCUGGGUAUACACUCGGAAAUGUUCGCCGGAGGAAUCGUAGAUUUGGUGAAGAAAGGUUGUGUCACAAACGACAAGAAAGUCUAUCACCGUGGGCGCAUUGUAGGUUCAUUCUUGAUCGGUACCAAGAAGUUGUACGAUUUCGUCGACAAUAACCCUUUUAUUGAAAUGUUGGAAAUCAACUAUGUUAACAAUGUUGGCAUCAUCGCACGGAAUCCGAAAAUGACCGCCAUCAACUCGGCCAUCGAGGUGGAUUUGACCGGCCAGGUUUGCGCAGAUUCAAUAGGUACACGUAUGUACUCGGGAUUCGGUGGACAGGUAGACUUUAUUCGUGGUGCAGCGGAAGGUUUCGAUGGCAAGGGAAAGCCAAUCAUUGCCCUGCCUUCAGUUACCAACAAGGGACAGAGUAAAAUCGUGCCUACUCUCAAAACAGGUGCUGGGGUCGUUACCUCGCGCGCACACGUGCAUUACGUCGUAACCGAGCAUGGUAUCGCUAACUUGUUCGGCAAGUCGCUGCGGCAACGCGCCCACGAGCUGAUCCAAAUCGCUCAUCCAGAUCACCGCGAAGCGCUCGAGAAGGCUGCAUUUGAAAGGCUUAAGGCGAUGCCGACCCCCAACUAAAUCGAAGGCGCACGAAUUUUUGUCAUAUAUUUUUAAACACCCCGAAAAUUUACACUUUUGUAGGAUAAUUUUAGUAAAUCAAUUGUUCGUUUUAUUUUUUACGCAGUAUGUAAUUGUUUUUUUUUCUUAGCUCAGGUCUAUCAGUUCGUUCGAAAUAUUACUACGAUAACCUGUAAAAUAAUUCACAAAUGAUGAUGCUUCACCGCUAGUAGUUCUCAAUGAAGGAGAGAUUGAGAGUAGAACUCUUUUAAACGAUAUAUAUCAGAGUCAACCUAAGCAACACAAUUCAACCAUCUAUCUCCAAAACGUGCAUUGGGUAUUUAUAAGGCCAAGAAAUAAUCAUAACGAGUAAAUUCUAUCUUUAGAAGCAGUACUUGAUUACUGCCGUUGUAGGCCCGUAAAGUGGAAGUAAAAAAAUGAAAUAUAAA